AUGGCUGGAAGAGGACGACCAAAGCGGGGACUUAUGCCCAAUAUUGCGGCAGCUGGUAGGACCAUCAAAACUGAGCCAGUCUCAGAAGCUACGUGAGUUUUUAAAUUGAAAUUUGGUUAUUCUUUGUUUAGAAGUUUAGCACCAGUUAGAGGACGGGGCAGAGGAAGGGCUGAAGGUCGAGGGAGAGGUCGUGGAGCUGCUGAAAGAGGUCGAGGAGCAGCUCGAGGUGGAAGAGCACAUAUCAUUGAAUCUGAAGCCAUCUUCACGGCUGGGUUAGAUGAAGGAUCGCUGAAGUCAAAGCGAGGCGAAGCUUUAGGUAUAGUAUUAUUGUUUUACGUUUUGUCGAUGUCAUUGUAAUUUUAUGAUAUAUUUAGUUUAGUCUUAUACUGCCUUUGCAGGAGCGGAGAAGAUCGUUGGUAAAAUCGAGAAAGGAGAAAAUCUGAACGGCUUUAUCGAUGAUUCGGAAGAUUUUAAAGAUAAGAAAGUGAAGAAGAAUGGUUUUGUGAAGAAGGAGAGCACGUUGCCAACCUACGAGUUGGAAUGGAUGUCUGACGAUGAAUGUGAUAAAGAGGAAUUGGAACAGAUUGUUUACGACGGGGUAGGUCUUGUUGUUGUUUUGAGGUUUAGUCAUUUUCAAAAGUGGAGUUUGUUGUUUUGAUUGUGAUAAUGGAGUAUAAGCCUUAUUGUAACGUUAUGUGUUAAUUUAAUUAACAAUGUCGCUGUACUUUUUUAAAUUGUUACAGGUGUACGAAUGGAUGAUUUAUAAUUUUAUGAAAUGUGGUAUAAAUUUACGGUAUUUCAGUUUAUCAGUGAUGUGAAACAUGCCAAGGAUGCUCCAGUCGUAUUACCUGGUCGAGAUAAAGAACAAUUUCUUAAGUUAUUAUCUAAAAAAGCAAAGAAACAUCAAAAAGAAGAGCCGAUGGAAAUAGAUCAUGCAGUGUAAGUUUAUAUUUGAUGUUUUGACAAACUCAUUUGCUUUAGCGUCAUUUCCACUUUAUAUUUGGUAUAUUUUAGUUCAGUUUCAUACCUAAAUCUACAUUUUCGCGCGGUUAGUGUUACUUUUAAUAUCGAAGAAGUAAACCUUGAAGACGUAAAAUUAAUAUUGUUAAUCUUGCACUUUUAGGAAAGCAGAAGUUUUGUCGCAAUGCACAAGUGAGAUGGAGUUCGAUAGGAUAUCGGAUAUGGGUUUGAGGGAAGCUGGUGAUUAUGUCAAAGACUUUCUAAAAGGAACCUCGAGGGACUUUCUACUAGUACAAUUACCUUUAUCACUGUCACACUUCAAGGAUUCUGUAGUGAAGCCGAAGGAAGAGGCCCCAGAAGUCGUCAAAACAGAAGACUUUGGAUUCUCGAAAGAGGUGGGAGAAUAUCUAGUGAACUUUAAAUGGUUAAUUUGUUUGCCUCAAAUGGCCAUGUUGUCAUUUUGUAGCAUGAGAUUUAGUAGGAAUAAUAGUAUUGUUUAUCCAAACAUGUUAUUGCCAUAUUAUCUGUAGCUUUGAAGGACUAAAGAGGUAAUAGCUAUGUUGUCAUGUUGUUUGUCCGAACAUGUAAGGGUCAUGUUAUGAUUAGUCUAAGACCGGAAAGCUAUAUUGUUUUUGACUGGAGAUAAUUGUCAUAGUUCAUAUUGUUACUUUAAUGGAUUUGUCAAAUAAUUUCAAAUGUUAUUGUUGUUAGUCCAAAACAUUUAAAGCGUUAUGUUUCUCAAAACUACUGGAUUUGAAUUGAAAUUGUGAAAGUGGGAUUUAUUUUAUACUUUUCGCGGAAUCAGGAACAACACAUUAGUUUUGUUAUUGUUUUGGUACGGCAAGGACAUGGUUUUAUAGGGGGAGUGCCUGUGACGUUUGUUGUAAUUAGAUCGCUGAACCAUAAGCUUGGAUUUGAGAACCUAAUUUUAGAAAUAUAUAAUAAAAGUAUUCGUUUUAUUGUUACGCAUAUUUACUUUAUAUUAUGCGACUUUUACUAUUGACCGAUUUUAUAUUUCAGGAGCCAGCAAAAACAGAAGACAAGCCGAAGGUGUCGCACUGCUUGGAUGGAAUACCUUCUAAUGCUCAAAUAGGCACGGUACAGAUUCUAAAGAACGGCCAAACGCGGUUUAUGAUCGGAGGGAAACCGAUAGAAAUACGAUCAGCAAUACCGAGUAAUCUUUGCGAAGUAAGUAUACUUUAUUGGUCAAAAAGUAGGAGGAAAUGUGAAAUUACUUAUUUAAAAAGGUUCACUAUACCGUUUAUGUUAUUAGAGAGCUGACCUUACUGUGGAAACAAUAGGGAUGACCUAUAAAGUACGAGUUCACGAGAUGAACUAGCCAACAAUAUGGCUUCUAAUUAACUAUUACAAUGAGAGGGCUUCUAAUAAUACUUUUUCAGGCUAUAGUCAACGUGGACGUGAAUGUACAGUCGAAGACGGACUCUGAGCUGCGAUAUCUGGGCGGGGUCGAGCACUCGGUGCUGUGUAGCUACAACUACAAUCGCCUUUUGAGUAAGUGAAUGAAUAUUGAAAUUAGAUUUAAUGAAGCAUGGGGUUUAUCUUGUUCUGUUUCAGAGCGGCCGUAA